AUGUGCUACGACCGCUACGUUGCCAUCUGCAAACCCCUGCACUACGGGACCCUCCUGGGCAGCAGAGCUUGUGCCCACAUGGCAGCAGCUGCCUGGGCCACUGGCUUUCUCUAUUCUCUGCUGCACACAGCCAAUACAUUUUCCCUGCCCCUGUGCCUGGGCAAUGCCCUGGGCCAAUUCUUCUGUGAAAUCCCACACAUCCUCAAGCUCUCCUGCUCACACUCAGGCUACCUCAGGGAAAUUGGGCUCAUUGUGGUUAUUGCCUGUUUAAUGUUUGGUUGUUUCAUUUUCAUUGUUUUCUCCUAUGUGCAGAUCUUCAGGGCUGUGCUGAGGAUCCCCUCUCAGCAGGGACGGCACAAAGCCUUUUCCACAUGCCUCCCUCACCUGGCCGUGGUCUCUAUUGUUAUCAGCACCUCAUUCUUUGCCUACCUGAAACCCCCCUCCAUCUCCUCCCCAUCCCUGGAUCUGGCACUAUCAGUUCUGUACUCAGUGGUGCCUCCAACACUGAACCCCUUCAUCUAC